CGGCCGCGGUCAGGCAACGCCGUGCUCUGCUGGAAGUUCUGCCACGUCUUCCACAAACUCCUCCGGGACGGCCACUCAAACGUCCUGAAAGACUCCGUGAGAUACAAGAAUGAGCUGAGCGACAUGAGCAGGAUGUGGGGCCACCUGAGCGAGGGCUACGGACAGCUCUGCAGCAUCUACCUCAAACUGCUGAGAACCAAGAUGGAGUUUCACACCAAGAAUCCCCGCUUCCCCGGCAAUCUCCAGAUGUCCGACCGGCAGCUUGACGAGGCAGGGGAGAACGAUGUCAAUAAUUUUUUUCAGCUGACAGUGGAGAUGUUUGACUACCUGGAGGGUGAGCUGAACCUCUUCCAGACGGUGUUCAGCUCCCUGGACAUGUCACGCUCGGUGUCGGUGACGGCCGCGGGGCAGUGCCGCCUGGCCCCCCUCAUCCAGGUGAUCCUGGACUGCAGCCACCUCUACGACUACACCGUCAAGCUGCUCUUCAAGCUCCACUCCUGUCUGCCGGCGGAUACGCUGCAGGGCCACCGGGAUCGCUUCCUGGAGCAGUUCAGAAAGCUGAAGGACCUCUUCUACCGCUCCAGCAACCUGCAGUACUUCAAGCGGCUGAUUCAGAUCCCGCAGCUGCCGGAGAACCCUCCCAAUUUCCUGCGUGCCUCGGCGCUGUCGGAGCACAUCAGCCCCGUGGUGGUGAUCCCUGCCGAGGCAUCCUCACCCGACAGCGAGCCCAUCACAGACCUGGUGGAGAUGGACACGGCCUCGCAGAGCCUGUUUGACAAUAAGUUUGACGACAUCUUCGGCAGCUCUUUCAGCAGCGACCCCUUCAACUUCAACAGCCAGAACGGGAUGAACAAGGAUGACAAGGACCGCUUAAUUGAGCAGCUUUACGGGGAGAUCGCAGCCCUGAAGGAGGAGCUGGAGAACUUCAAGGCUGAGGUGGGUGACAACCAUCCGAAUGCGGAGGUGACCAAGCAGGUGACAGCGGCCAGGCAGGCCCAGGGGGACGUGGAGCGGGAGAAGAAGGAGCUGGAGGACUCCUUCCAGCGGGUGAGCGAGCAGGCUCAGAGGAAGUCUCAGGAGCAGGCAGAGGUGCUGGACACACUGAAGCGGGAGCUGGCAGCCAGCAGACAGGAGCUGCAGGUUCUCCAGGGCACCCUGGAGUCCAGCACGCAGGCGGGAGCGGAGCAGAGCACCCGGAUUGCCGGCCUGGAGCAGGAGAGGGACAGCCUGAGCCAGGCAGCGGAGCAGCAUGGGGAGGAGAUGGCUGCCCUGCGGGCUGAGCUGCAGCAGCUGCGGGACACGCUCAGCCGGCGGGGGUUUGGGGGUCCCAGGCCCUGCCACCUCCCUGUCCCCAACGCGCAACCGUGCCUUUCCCGAUGGCAGGGCGUGGCGUCCCCCAAGGAGUUUUACGCCAAGAAUUCCCGCUGGACCGAGGGUCUCAUCUCCGCCUCCAAGGCCGUGGGCUGGGGUGCCACCGUCAUGGUCGACGCUGCCGACCUGGUGGUGCAAGGCAAGGGGACAUUCGAGGAGCUGAUGGUCUGCUCCCGGGAGAUCGCAGCCAGCACCGCUCAGCUGGUGGCAGCCUCCAAGGUAAAGGCAGACAAAGACAGCGCCAACCUUUGCAAGCUCCAACAAGCCUCCCGGGGCGUCAACCAGGCCACGGCCGGCGUGGUGGCCUCCACCAAGGCUGGGAAGUCACAGGUGGAGGAGAAAGACAGCAUGGACUUCUCCAGCAUGACGCUCACCCAGAUCAAGCGUCAGGAGAUGGACUCACAGGUGCGAGUGCUGGAGCUGGAAAACCAGCUGCAGAAGGAGCGGCAGAAGCUGGGGGAGCUGCGCAAGAAGCACUACGAGCUGGCAGGAGUGGCGGAGGGCUGGGAGGAGGACGCUGCGGAUUAACACCCGCGGCGGAAGCAGCCUGCAGGGGACACCCCCACGGCGGGCUGGGACCCAGCUCAGUGCAGCCUUUUGGGAAGAUCCACAAUAAACCGGUGCAGAAGCCACCCUGAAGCACAC